CAGUUUGAACACGAUGAAGACUCUACUGAUUCUGCUCCUGCUCUGUCAUACUGCGUCUCCUGUGAAAUACAACUUGAGGCUUGAUUUGUUUUUAUCUUAUGGAUUCCCAAAUAUCCAAGAGUUUGGGGUGACAGUAUUUAUUGAGGAAAUUGUAGCCUUUUACUAUGACGACACCAUGACAUCCCCUAAACUCCCCCUAAAUUUCACAAGGAAUCACUCACAGGAAUGGGAGCAGAGCAUUCAUGACAUAAUAAAAUACAGGAACAUCUUGCAAGAUGUGAAACAUGUUUUUCAAAGGGCAGCGCAAACAGAAGUUCGUCUCAUCCAGAUGAUUGGGGGCUGUGAAUGGGACAAUGAAACUAAUAGCACCGGUGCUCAUUUAAAGAUUGCCAUGAAUGGAGAGGACAUCUUUUCAUUUAAUGCAAAGACAGCAACAUGGAAGGCUUUAGAUGCAAAAUUUGAUUACCUUGAAAAGGGCUGGAAUAAAGAUAAAGACCAUAAUCUUAAAGUAAAGUACUCUCUCACAUCCGAUUGCCUCAUGAAAGGAGAAAUAAUUUUGAGCCACGGAAGGAGUUAUCUGAAUAGAAAAGAUCUCCCAUCAGUGUCUCUCCUCCAGAAGACCUGUUCCUCUACAGUCAGCUGCCACGCCACAGGUUUCUACCCCAAAAGAGCCGAGAUGUUCUGGAGGACGGAUGGAGAGGAGAUUCAUGAAGGUGUGGAGCACGGAAACAUCCUUCCCAACCAGGAUGAAUCCUUCCAGAUGAGUGUCGACUUGAACGUUUCAUCAAUCCCAACUGAAGACUGGAUGAAGUACGAAUGUGUGUUUCGGAUGUCUGGUCUCCGAGAUGUCGUCACCAAACUGGACCAAGAUGUGAUCAAGAGCAACUACGGAAAAGCUUGUACACAUGAUGAAAAGACGUCCUACAUUCCAGCUGUGAUGGCUGUUCUUGUCUUCAUCACCAUCAUCAUCAUCGCUGUUACGGGUUUUCUGGUUCACAGAAACAGGAGCGCUAUCCACCCUGGGGCUCACACCAUCCACCUGCUCCUGGAUUAAAGACGUUGGUGAACCGACCCCAGCGUGUGAAACUCGGUCCUCACCUCUCCUCCUCCCGCACUCUCGGCACUGGCGCUCCUCAGGGCUGUGUGCUGGGCCCACUACUCUACUCCCUCUCUCAGCACUGGCUCUCCUCAGGGCUGUGUGCUGGGCCCACUACUCUACUCCCUCUCUCAGCACUGGCUCUCCUCAGGGCUGUGUGCUGGGCCCACUACUCUACUCCCUCUCUCAGCACUGGGUCUCCUCAGGGCGGUGUGCUGGGCCCACUACUCCACUCCCUCUACACGUCGGACUGCAGCCCCGCCCACCCAGAUAACACCAUUGUCAAGUUUGCUGAUGACACAACGGUGGCGGGGCUGAUCACAGGGGGAAACGAGGCGGCCUACAGAGAUGAGGUCCUAAAACCUGGUGACUGGUGUGCACAGAAAAACCUGGCACUGAACAUCACCAAAACCAAGGAACUCAUCUUGGAUUUCAGGUGGAAGAGAGCCGCCCCCUUCUGUGUUCUUAUGUGCCCUUAUGAAGUGUACAGUGUUGUUGUCCUUGUUUUAAUGUAUUGUUGUAAGUCUUGUAGUUGCAGUUAACCUGCCCAGGGACUGCGGUUGAAAAUUAGCUAGGAUGGCUAAACUGGCACAUUUACAGAAAUGUUUAUUAAGGUGCAUUGUCCCUGUAAUCUUAAACUGAAUAAAUUAA